AUGCCACAUGACGCACGUCGAUCAUCCGACUGCAACCCGGUACCAGCUUCUGUUGUUCAGCCAUCCGUGGUUCCUCCUCGCUGCAAGCCAUACCCACACGCCAAGAAAAGUGUAUUUAGGAUAUGGGAAAUCAAAGCCUAUUCCUUCUACCCAGGUUCACUACUACCUUCAUAUAACAAGGCGAUGGGGAUUCUAGAUGAAUUGUCCCCUGGAUACAGUACUCUGCGUAGGACUGGUACCGGUUCGAUUCGUUAG